AAAAGUCCUUCCACCUCCAUCCAACCUGGACUACUCAUUUAUCCAAAUCUGCACCCUGAACUGGACGUGGAACCCCCCAGAGAAUGUCAGCAGUAGCUGCGACCUGGAGUAUUCCAGCGACAUCGUGAUUGAUAAGGUCCUUCAGGACAAGAGGGAAUGGACUAAGAGUCGCUUCCGUGUGACAGAUACAUUCUUGAAUGAGGAAAUGCGUUUCAAAGUGAGAAGUGAAUGCAAGCGUGAUAACGCUAGCGAGCCCAGCCGAUGGGUGGAGACCUCUCUUCUGCCAAAAGGUAUUCCAGGUACUGCUGCUGUUAACUUGAGCUGCAUCUGGCACAAUUUGGAGUACAUGGUUUGUAUGUGGCAUCCUGGGAAGAACGCAAGCAGUGAUACCAAUUACACGUUGUUUUACUGGUUUGAUGGUUUGAAAAACCGUAAGAAGUGCAGCAACUAUUCUAUGUACAACGGAACCUUUCAAUGCACUUUCAAUCUUAGCUUCCCAAAUGUCACCCGUACUUACCCAGCUAUAAGUAUUUUGAUUAGAGAUGAUUCUGAAGAAAUUAGGCCUGUGUGUGCAACUAAAAAUCCUACUACCCUUGUAAAACCUGCUACACCAAGACAAGUUACACUGUCAAAGAUUAAUGAUGAAAUAUAUGUAGAAUGGAGUGAAUCAGACACCUUUCCAGAAAAUUGUUUAUUUUACGAAGUUGAAUAUCACAACAGUGAUUUGAACAUCUCUCAGAUAAUUAAAGUUGAACACAAUUAUACAUCAAUUCCUAGUGUUGAUCCUAAUAGCAAGUACCUCUUCAAAGUGAGAGCAAAACCAAAGCCUGAGUGUUACAGCAGCAAGUUCUGUAGUGACUGGAGUGAAGAAAAGAGUAUUGGUGAGAAGACGGACUCUAUGUUCUAUUUUGUUUUAAUAAUCACCAUUCCAUUAGUAGUAGCAGUAUGUACGAUAAUUCUACUGGUUUAUCUAAAAAGGCUGAAGAUACUAAUUCUUCCACCAGUUCCGGACCCUAGAGAAAUUCUGAAGCGCAUGUUUGGAGAGCAGAAUGAGGAUUCCCAGAGCUGUGCAAAGGAUGAUUCUAUGAAUGCUUAUGACAGGUUAAUUAAGGAAGAGGAAAUUCAUUCUUUAAUUCUAACAGAAGCUCCAGAGUACACUAAUUCUGAAAAAGAAGGCCGAUAAACUCUGCUUUACCAGUGAAAGAUGACGAAACUUUCGUUCCUGCUCCUGUACCUCAGGUGACAAAGUAAAUGUGAAGAGGCCUGCAAGACAUUCACCAGCUUUCACCUUACAGAGUCCUUUCUGAGCUUUACUUCUCUGAUGCUCAGAAGAUACAUCACUAGCAGUGGCCCUUCCUCCAUCUCUGCUAGAAAUACUCAUCUUGGAUCAUUUGAGAUGAGCGUGUACAUAACCUUCAUCUGACUGCAUUGCAGCAUCUCUCGUUCUGGCUCCAGCCAGCUCUGCCCUAUUACGUGUUACUUGCACUUGUGUUUGUGCCUUACGUUAGACCAUAAAUGAGUGUUUUGGAACAAACACUGUGACUUCUCUGAAGUAUUUGGCUCGAUUUUGCAGCAGGUGAGAUGAGGCUCGUUUACAGUAGAGGGCUCAUCAGCACUACUACCUGGAGCUGCUGCCAGAGCAUGGACCGUUGGUGGAUGGCCUGUUUCAUGAGCUCCGGGGCAGGGCACUUCCCAGAGGGCAUUUAUGGACUGACCUUCUUACGCUUCUGGUUGAUGUGUGUCAGCUGUGGCCUGGUCAAACCCCAUAAAAGAGGGUUGUUUUUUCUUUAAAAAUGUGUAUGAAAAGCCUCUCUGCUUUCCAGCUGAUAUUCAGACUAUUCAUAGGAAAGGCUUAGUUUUUUAUCCUUUCAAGCGCCUAUCUUCAGAUUACCUUCAUGGACUUCUUGACUUUUGUUUAAAAUGAUAAAUAGAAUUUUUUACCUGUGUUGUGCAGUGGCAGAUAACCAUACUGAGUCUCACCAGACUGUGAUUCUACUUUGGCCAUAUUGGCCUGAAAACACCCAAUUUUGUUGGAAGCAAAGUCAUCCUGAGUCUGUUGAGCAAAAUUACCAGGAUGGAUGCACGAGUUGAAGGAGCUGUAGUCAAAUUGAUUUGUAAAUGCUAAACCACUGAAACAGAAUUAACUAAAAGACUUUGAGACCCAUCCUCACUGCUGAGCUGAUGGAUUUAUGGGAAGAGGGGAUGACAACCUUGGCCCGCUUUCUAAGGGAUAAGCUUUAUUCUUUCUAUAGUGAUGAGGCUGUGAUUUGAGCUUCCCCUCUAGGAGCUUAGCAAUUUAAAACAAGGUGCUGAUUUGACUUUUUAAAACAAUUUUCUUCUAUAUUUUACUGCAGCAGCUUGAUGACCUCUUUUUCUUUUUUGGUAA